AUGGCUUCCCCGGCCGUCUUUAACGCUAUCUUAGGCUCUGGCUCCACGGGGGUAGGCCUCCGUGUCACGAAGGCGAAGAUGAGCCGUUUCCCGUCUGAACUUGUCCGAGUCGACCUCCCAUUCCAGUUUGAGUCAUCAUCAAGAAGCGGGUCUGCUCUCGUGAACGAGCCGGGCUGCAGCGCCCCCGUGACCAACACUACCCGCGUCUUUCGCUGGGCGUUUGGCCACAGUGCCUUUUUUCUGUUGAAACUCGAGCUGCGUGAUCCGAUCAUGGAAAGCGACUGUAUCCACGCCAAGAUGACGGCCUAG